AUGAGCAGGCUGCACAGUGGAGGACCUGCUGAACCGUGGGUCAUAUUGCCUCAUGAACGAGCACGGUACGAAGAACAAUUCCGUGCCUUACAACCAGUAAAUGGCAUUGUCACAGGUGAACAGGCAAAGGGGUUUCUCCUCCAAUCUCGACUACCACCAGCAAUUUUGGGUCAAAUAUGGUCUUUAGCAGAUACUGACUCAGAUGGGAAAAUGAAUAUAACAGAGUUCAGUAUUGCCUGUAAACUUAUAAACCUAAAAUUACGAGGCUUUGAACUGCCAAAAGUACUUCCACCUACAAUGCUACAACAGAAUAUGCCACCAGCGGCCUUGGUGAGCAGUUCCCUUCUGCAGAGUGCUCCAUCCAUUCGUCCAGCAGCUCAGCCGCCCCUUGUGGGACUGGGCAGUGCUCAUGCCGCAGGGCUUUCCACUGUCGGAAUGACUCCUCCCAUCAUGGCUACUGCACAAGCCCCACUACAUACAUCUGUAAUGCCUCCAAGCAGCAUCCCCAGCAUGGUACCACCAAUGAGAGCACCUCUGGCACCUGGAGCACCUGUUCCUCUCGUACAAACCGCCAGCCUACCCCUAGCAGCAGGCACCAGCUUACCACUUGCACCGGGUACCAGCUUACCACUCGCACCAGGGACCGGCUUACCCCUCGCACCAGGCACCAAUAUGCCCAUCGCAUCUAGCACGAAUGUUCCGCUUGCAUCAGGUUUGACAAGUAUCAGCAGUACACCUUCACUGGUGAUGCCAGCAACUGUCCAGACUUCUGUUCCGAUGGGUGUACCUCUUACGCAGCCUCUCACUAAUGGGUCCAUAUUAACUGGCCAAGGACCAUUGCCAUCAAGGCCUCCACCAGUUGGAACCUCAGUGCCGCCUGUAGCUCCUCUGGAAAAAGUGGCUUCUAUGGAUUCACCUUUGUCAGCAGGCUCUCCCUUGCAAGAAUGGGCUGUACCUCAUCAGUCCAAACUGAAGUAUACACAGUUGUUCAACACGACUGACCGAGCACGGUCAGGCUAUUUAUCAGGGCCACAAGCGCGAAAUAUCAUGGUGCAGACACAGUUACCACAGCCUAUUUUGGCCCAGAUCUGGGCACUAGCAGAUAUGGAUACAGAUGGAAGACUUUCUUGUGAAGAGUUUGUUCUUGCUCUUCACUUGUGUGACAUGGCAAAAGCAGGGGAGAAGCUACCUGCUGUGCUUCCUCCAGAGCUUGUACCACCAACAUUCCGGAGGCAGCGACAGGGAAGCCUUACUGGAAGCAUUACGGGUUCUGUAGAUGCUUCUGAAAAUAAAGAUGCUGCUGCAAGUAUCUCCACUGUUACAUUUGAAGAUAAACGGAAAGAAAACUUUGAAAAAGGCCAAGCAGAAUUGGAGCGAAGACGUAAAGCAUUGUUGGAAAUUCAGCGAAAAGAACAAGAGGAACGUGAGCGGAAAGAAAAAGAAGAACAGGAAAAAAGGGAGAAAAUAAGGCAAGAACAGGAGCGGCGAAGGCAGCUUGAAUUUGAAAAGCAGUUACAAAGGCAAAGAGAAGCAGAACAGGAAAAAGAAGAGCAAAGGCGAAGAGCACAAGAACAACGUGAAGCUGCAAGAAGGGAAAUGGAGCGGCAAAGGCAGCUGGAGUGGGAGAAACAGCGGUGUCAAGAAUUACAACAGCGCAGGCAGAAAGAACAAGAAAAAGUUUUGCAAUUAAAAGCCAAGAAUCAGAAUCUCAGCAUUGAGUUAUCACAGUUGAAUGAAAAAGUGAAAGAAUUGUCUCAGAAAAUCAGUGAGACAAGGAUUGGAGUGUCUGGCGUAAAGUCAACAAUUGACGGGAUGCGUAGUACUCGUGAUUCGCAGCUUGCUGAAAUGAGUGCCUUAAAGACCCGACUGAAGGAACAGAAUCAAAGGCUUCUUACAUUGAGUCAAGAAAAGGCAAGGCUAGAAGCUCGCAACAAGUUAAAUGCAGCUGCCGAUUCUGCUAAUCAGGAGCAAGUAAAAAUAGCUUUCACCAACAAACAAAUUACACUUAAGCAGUUACGUGAUAGGCUACAGGAUCUCCAGAAAGAGAUAGAGGUUAAACUAGAAGAUAUUGAGAACAAUAACAGUCAACUAGGUGACUUGAAGCAGCAGUUGUCUUCAUUAGUCCAUGAAUGUGAACAGCUCUAUUCUGUAUACGAAGAAAAGAGAAGCAAGGUAUUGGAAAUGAAAGGCAUGACUGGAAAAAUUAGGGAUCCUACAGACUUUUCAUCAUCGUGGGGUGACUCUGGCUGGGACAAUCCUCCACAGACUGAUUGGAAUGCAGCUUCUGCUGAUGCUUGGCCAGAAUCAACUGCAGCUACAACUGUGCCAGCGGUAAAUGGAAACUUGCUCAAGUAUCGUGCCCUUUACGAGUUCGUUGCUCGCAACAGUGAUGAACUGUCAUUCCAGCCAGGAGAUAUAAUUAUGGUUGCUGCCAACCAAAAUGCUGAACCUGGAUGGUUAGCAGGAGAACUAAGGGGCCAAACUGGCUGGUUUCCUGAAUCCUACGUGGAAUUUAUAGACAGUCCUGUAACAGUCCUGGAGGAUUCAUCUGCUUUUCCUCCUGAUGUUAUCAUAGCAGAGUCUCAAGCUAAACGACAACUUGAGGGAAUUGCAGAAGUUCCAGAAAACGUCAGUGAUAAUGGUUCUGUUGUGGAAGUUUCUGGUGAUGUUGGUCCACAGGUGCUUGAUGAAAUGGCUAGUCCUGUACUUGGACAGGGUGAUAAUGUUGAAGACGUGGAGGCACAAGCCCUUUAUUCUUGGAGAGCCAGGAAGUCUAGUCAGUUGUCAUUUAAUAAGGGAGAUGUUAUCAGAGUCAAAGAGCAACAAGAGCAGUGGUGUUACGGUGAACUAGCUGGUGUACAUGGUUGGUUUCCAAAAUCUUAUGUGAAGUUAGCUCCUUCACAGUUGCAGGAAGGAGAAAAGGAAUAUUAUGUGGCCAUGUAUCCUUACCAGUCUGUUGAACCAGGUGAUCUUAGUUUCUUACAAGGUGAAAUGAUACUUGUUACAAAGAAAGAGGGAGACUGGUGGACUGGAAUCAUAGGAGAUAGACAUGGAAUAUUUCCUUCAAAUUAUGUACAGAGAGCACCAUCUGGAUCUGCUGUAGUAUCAGAUGAGCCUGCUGAGCCUGUAAAGGAAAACCACAUAACAGAUGUAACAGUCUCAGAAGUAGCAGCUGCCCCAGUCUCACCCACUCCACAACAGGAAGAACAGCCUGCAAAUGAGAAAACCCUUGGGACUCCAGACUUCACUGCUAUGUCUGCUGCAGCUCAGCUUGAAGAUACUGGGGACGAUAGUGACUCUAAGGGAAAAGGAAAGAAACCUGAAAUAGCAACAGUUAUUGCCCCUUAUCAGGCUACAAGUUCAGAACAACUCAGCCUGCAGAGGGGCCAGUUAAUAAUGAUUCGAAAGAAGACAACGACUGGUUGGUGGGAAGGUGAAUUGCAAGCAAAGGGCAAAAAAAGACAAAUUGGCUGGUUCCCUGCCUCAUAUGUAAAAUUACUAGGAGGUAGUAACAAAGGGACACCUGUAAAGCAGGAGGAUACAUCAUUGCAGCAGCAACAACAACAACAACAACAACAACAACCUGCUCAAGAGGCAUCACAGCCUGCAACAGAAAAAGUUAAAGCAUUAUAUCCGUAUUCUGCACUAAACGAUGAUGAACUAAGCUUUGAGAAAGAUGACAUUAUAACAGUUGUAGCAAAAGAGGAACCCUCUUGGUGGCGGGGUGAAUUGAAAGGAGCUACAGGCCUUUUCCCCAGUAAUUAUGUGGAACCUGUGUCUGACUACCAUCUAAAUAAGACAGAAAGGAAAAGACAAGGAUGCAUACAAGAACUGAUUGAUACUGAACAGGCAUAUAUUAAUGAUAUGUCUAUUGUCCAUGAUGUAUUUGAGAAACCACUCUUAGAGAGCAAAGUUUUAUCAAAUGAAGAAAUUUACAAAAUAUUUGUUAACUGGCGUGAAAUACUACAGUGUAACUACAUGUUCCUCAGGACUUUGAGAAUCCGAAAAGAAAUGAGUGCAGAUGGAGUUAUUAGAAUGAUUGGAGAUAUUCUUUGUGAAAAUCUCCCAAGGAUGACUGCAUACAUCCGUUUCUGUAGCUGCCAGCUCAGUGCAGCUACAUUUCUGCAGAAGAUUACAGAAGAAUCAGUGGAAUUUCGUGAACUUGUUCGUCAGUGCCAGGCUGACCCUCGCACGAAAGGAAUGCCACUUAGCAGCUUUCUUAUUAAACCAAUGCAAAGGAUAACAAAAUACCCUCUUCUCAUAAAGAAGAUUUUGGAGUACACUCCAGCAGAUCAUCCAGACCACCAGAAUUUGCAGGAAGCACUAGCCAAAGCUGAAGAGUUCUGUAGACAGGUAAAUGAAGGUGUGAGAGAAAAAGAGAACUCAGAACGAUUAGAAUGGCUUCAGAGGCAUAUCCAUUGUGAUGGCUUGGAGGAGCAGUUAAUUUUUAAUUCUCUUACAAAUUCUCUAGGACCCAGAAAAUUCCUUCAUCAUGGCAUUCUGCAUAAAGCUAAAAGUGGGAAAGAACUGGUUGCAUUCUUGAUGAAUGAUUUUCUGCUCUUAGCCCAGCCACAAAAAUCUCUUGGCAGUAAUCACUCAUUCUCAUUUGAAAGGCAUGCUGGUAUCUCAUUUAAAAUCUAUAAGAAGCCAUUGUUUCUGAAUGAGCUGUUGGUGCUGGAAGAGCAGAAUAGCAAUGAAGGUAAUGAGAACCCACGUUUAUUUAGCGUGGGAGACACCACAACUGGAAAAACACUUUCAUUUUUGGCAUCAACAUCGGCCGAACGUAACCUCUGGGCAAAGCGUCUACAAGAGGCACGUGUCCAUGUGAUUGACACUGAGAAGAGUCAGUUCCAGCGUCAGCAGUCAAAACAAGCUCAGUUUGGUGCUUGCGGUAGAGUGCUGGUUGUAGUCGUGGAAGGGAGUGAACUAAAACCUAGUUCAUCCAGUGGUAAGUGUGAAGCAUUCUGUGAAGUCAGCAUGGGCUCACAAGAACAUCGCACACCUGUAGUAGCGUCAACAACAAAUCCUCGUUGGAAUGCUUCAAUGCAAUUCCUGGUAAAGGACCUAAAAGAGGACGUCCUUUGUAUUACAGUAUUUGAUCGUGGUCAUUUCUGUCCCAAUGAAUUCCUGGGAAGAACUGAGGUGCGAGUUGCAGACAUAUUACAGGAAACCCAGUAUUCACGUGGGCCAAUUUCAAAGAAUUUAAAACUUCAUGAAGUUGACUCAGGGAGUGUUCUACUUAAAUUAGAUUUAUUUCUUUUUAGUAGAAUUACAUAGAUUAUAUUAGUGCCCCUUUGUCCAAAGGCACUGCUUUAAAUUGUCUGUAGUACAAAUUAAACAUGUUUAAUUCUGUUAAAAAUUAAAAUAUUUUAACCGAAGAUUAUUUAUGAACAUUUCUAUUCAGUGUCUUUUCUAACAGUCAUGUACUGCCACUGUAAAUAUACAACAUGACUACAUUUAUGCACGACUCUUCUACAUGUAACUUCUUUCAGUUUUUGAAAUUUUUUAAAAUGUUAGUGUAAUUAUUAUUAUUAUUAUUAUUAUUAUUAUUAGUAACAAUAGUAUUAGUAUUUUAUUGUCAAUCAUCCAGUACAUUCCUUUAUAUAUUAUCACAACCAUGUUUGUACAGUAUCUUAUUAUAGAAAGCAGCUUCACAUAAAGGCUGAUAUCUGUACUGAAUAUUUUUAUUUCUACAAUAUUGACUGAUUUGGAUUAUAGAGUUUUUUGAUACCAAUAAUUUGUAAAUGCAGGAAGUAAGUUUAUUCCUAACUUACCAUCUACAGUCAUUCAAACACCUGAGAUGAAGAUUUGUAUUUUCUAUGUGUAACUAUCUUUGUUACUGUAAUUCUAUGAUACACUUUUAAUUAUGGCUCUCAUUGUUGUUCAUCUGAUAGUAUUGAAAAUUGUGGUGCUAAAAUUGAAUAUAUAAAAUAUAAUAUAAUUUACUGUGGUGAAUCUAGUCCUGAGAAGAAAUUACCAGGAAUUGGUGGAUGAACAGUUAAAAGAGCAGAAGAGUAACUAUGGAAGCAAUUUGGAACUUUGUUUGGCAAUAAUCAUUUCAUUUCCCAGGCCAUGAGUGCAUUUUGAUGAGUCAUUUCUAAACCUUCACUUAAGAACUCUAAUCAAGAAAGUGACUCCACAUUGAAUGUUUUGUCUUGAAUGUGUAAUCUAAAUGAAAAACUCAAUCAAUUAAAAUGGAUGCAUAGCUUCAAAUGUGUGCAAGAGAAUGCAGUGCUUCAUAUCAUAGGUACGGACAAAUUUACAAACUCCAGAGGAAAUCAAAUAAAUUUUGUAUGUAAUGAA